GACCAAAAAUUUUCCCGUCCCAUCCUCCGGAAUCCAACCCAAUCCAUCAGUCCUUUUAAGGCCCCGCGCGGCGUGCGCCCAAUCAUUCCCUCCCACUGCACCACCAUACCACUGUCCAUUCCAAUCCCGCGGCGUGCGUCCUUCCUUGUCUUGUCAAGCUGCCAAUCGGUUGGAGUCGGGGCGAGAUGAUCUUGGUGGCGAUCGUGGCGGAGCUGCUGGAGGAGUACACCGUGCUGGUGGCGCGGGUGCGGGAGCAGCUGCUCCACGGCGCGCCCUUCCCGCGCCGCGUGCGCUUCCUCGUGCUCCGGAGCCUCCCCUUCGCCGCGCCGCCGCUCCCGCCGCCGCCGCCGCCCGCGCACGCGCUCCGCGUCGCCACCCGCGGCUGACGAACACACGUCCUCGCUCCUCCUCCGAGGCUAGCUACAGAGGACGGCGUCGCGUCGACGUGUCCCACCCGUCCCGCUGAUAUAGCUCUCAUCACCUUGUUGGUACUGAAAUGCUCGUUGUAAAUUACAGUGGCUCCGCGGCUCCUCCGAGCUGAGAAGCUGCAGGAAGAGCAGUUCCAUGGAUCUUCUCUGUAAGUUCUUACUGUAUUUUUAUUUCUUGAAGUGGCGAUCGACGAGGACGAGGCUCGGAGUUGUUCUCUGUUUCCAGUUUGGAGUUCGGAUAGCUUGUACUACUAGUUCGUUUUUUAUUUUUUAAAUAAUAUUAAUUUAAUGGAAAAUUACAAAAAGUAUAUAUUUUUAGAAAAUUACAAAAUAGUACAUCAGUAAAUCAAUUGCCGAAAAGGACAACAGUUGCUUUAUUCACAAUAGGCUCUUCGGCGUCUCAUUGCAGGCUAAUUGCCCACAUGUGGCAUGUCGGCAA